GGAAAAUCCCAAAACUUAAAAAAAAGAAAAAAGAAAAGAAAAAGAAAUAUGACUGAAGCACUUAGGAGAGAUUUUCAGGUAUGCGAAGAGAUAGGCCGGGGAAGAUUCGGCGUCGUGUUCAGGUGCUUCUCGGCGGUCUCUGGUGAAUCUUUCGCCGUGAAAUCGAUUGAGAAGCGGCACGUUGCCGGGGACUCUCUGGAUUCUCAAUGCCUGUUAAAUGAGCCCAAAAUUCUCAGUCUGGUCGCGCCGCAUCCAAACAUAAUUCAGCUUUAUCAUCUCUACGAGGAUGAUUCUCACCUCCACAUGGUGCUCGAUCUCUGCCCGCCGUCGCAGGAUCUGUACAGGCAGAUCGUGGAUGAUGGGACCAUUGGGGAGGGGGAAGCCAAGGUGAUUAUGGCGCAGCUGAUGCAGGCCGUCAGCCACAUUCACAAGCUCGGGGUAGUUCACCGCGAUAUCAAGCCCGAUAACAUCCUAUUCGAUUCGAGGAAUUCGGUUAAGCUGACUGACUUCGGCUCCGCAGACGUGCUGAAUUCGGAAGGAGGGGCUGCGAUGAGAGGAGUAGUAGGGACGCCGUAUUACGUGGCGCCGGAGGUUCUGGCGGGAACCGAGUACAAUGAGAAAGUGGACAUGUGGAGCGCUGGGGUGGUCAUGUACAUAUUAUUGGCCGGGUUUCCGCCGUUUUAUGGGGAGACGGCGGGAGAGAUCUUCGAGGCUGUUCUGCGGGGGAAUUUGAGGUUUCCGACCAGGGUAUUCCAGUCUGUUUCGCCGGCAGCUAAGGAUCUCUUGAGAAGAAUGCUUUGUAAGGAUGUUUCUAGAAGAUUCACCGCAGAGCAAGUCCUGAAACAUCCAUGGAUGGCAAGUGGGGCGUAACAUCAAAGAUCCCUAAUGAAUGAAGAAUCAAGCUUGAAGCUUAGUUUUUAGAAAUGUAAAUAGAUGUGUAUCAUGUUUAAAUGAUUAAAAAAUCCUUUUGGGUUCUUUUCUUGUAGAGAGAAUCUAUUUUCUUAGCUUUGUGAUGUUAGUAGAGGUUGUAAAUCAAGAGAGAAAAAGUGAAGGGAUUCCAACACUUAUAGAGUCUUUGGUUUUUUGAACCUCAGUUGCAAAAUGAAGCGUUUGGUUAAAG